CUUAUUUCUUCACUACAGCUACCUGUACCCCCUUUCAUUUCACUCCAUUGCAGUGAGAGAUAUCUGAACAUGACGCAAAUGUGGCUUAUUUGGUGGCCUAAGAACAUCUCCGAAACCAAGAAUGGCAGUGAAGCCGGUGCUGCCGCUGCCGCUGCCGCUGCCACUGCCACUGCCGCCACUACUGAGCCGUCACCGAGUUGUUAUGGCGCGUGCCUGAGGAGGUUAGUAAGGAAAGUGAGGAAACAGGGGAAGGCAAUGCUACAGGCGGCCACGGCGGGGCAACAGAGUACAUUCCAGUGCCGAUACGAUCCCUUGAGCUACUCACUGAACUUUGAUACAAGAAUGCAUGAUGAAGAUUACUAUAAGUUCCAUGCAUUCUCCUCAAGGUUUGCAGCCAACCCAAGAACAUCUUGUUCUACCCUACUAGCUGAUUCUCACGAAGAAAAUUAAUGGAGUUUUGGCUUUUUCAUUUUUGGGUAUUUUAGGUCAAUUAGUUUUGCAUUUUCUUGUAAAUGUACAAAUAGAGGGCGAGGGAGGGAUUCACUGUGCUUUGAUGUAUUGUGAUUUCAUAGGAAUAUUACUACUGUUUGAUUAUCUCAUACAGCAACACGAGAACUUCUCAAGAAAUCACUCAUCCUAGU